GCUCAAUGCAAAGGUUGCCAAUUGAUACACGUUUUACCCGCCUUUUAUCGCCCUCUGCGUAAGCUCAUCUUUCACAGAGUCAGCAAUCUACAGCCCAUAGUUAUCGACGGAGUUCUCUUUCAUCCGAAUUCCAUUUAUUUCUCUCGUUUUCUCUUAAAUGCAGUACUAAUCGGAGACUUCUCCAGCAACUGGGAAAAUUGGGAAGUUGAAAUAUUGGUUUCAUGGCGCUUCGUUUCGAGAUUUUGGGAAGAUUUAAUCGAGCUCGUGCUGCUCAACUCACUCUCCCCCACUUCAUAUGUCAAACACCUCUGUUUAUGCCAGUGGGAACCCAAGGGACAAUUAAAGGGUUAACUAAUCAGCAACUUGAGGAGAUUGGUUGCCAAAUUAUACUUGGAAAUACAUAUCAUUUAGCGCUUCGUCCUACUUCCGAGCUAAUUGAUGAGCUAGGAGGUCUCCACAAGUUUAUGAACUGGCCCAGAGCAAUGCUUACUGAUUCUGGCGGGUUUCAGAUGGUAUCAUUGUUGCACUUAGCUGAUAUCACCGAAAAAGGUGUAACAUUUCAGUCUCCGGUUGACGGGAAACCAAUGCUUUUGACUCCUGAGGAAUCAAUUCAAAUUCAAAACAGAAUAGGAGCAGAUAUUAUAAUGGCUCUUGAUGACGUAGUGAGAACAACCAUUACAGGUCCAAGAAUUGAGGAGGCCAUGUACCGUACGCUUCGAUGGAUAGACAGAUGUAUAGCAGCACAUAAGAGACCUGACGAGCAGAAUUUAUUUGGCAUUGUGCAAGGCGGUUUAGAUCCAGUCCUAAGGGACAUAUGCGUCCGAGGCUUGGUUGACCGGAAUUUACCAGGCUAUGCAAUUGGUGGUCUGGCAGGUGGAGAAGAUAAAGAUUCAUUUUGGCGUGUUGUUGCCCAGUGCACUGCUUCACUGCCUGAGGACAAACCUAGAUAUGUUAUGGGUGUUGGUUAUCCACUGGACAUUGUAGUAUGUAGUGCUUUAGGUGCCGACAUGUAUGACUGUGUUUAUCCAACCCGUACUGCUCGCUUUGGCACAGCGCUUGUUCCUGAGGGAGUUUUAAAACUAAAACACAAAGCGAUGGCUGAUGAUACCCGUCCUGUUGAUCCUACAUGUGAUUGCAUGGUCUGCAGGAACUAUACUAGGGCCUACAUCCACUGUCUUGUUACAAAAGAUGCUAUGGGUUCUCAGCUACUCUCAUAUCACAAUUUGUAUUACAUGAUGAAGCUUAGCAGAGAUCUCCAUUCUUCAAUAGUUCAGGGGCAAUUUCCAGAGUUCGUUCGCAAGUUUUUGCAGAGAAUGUUCCCUCAUGGUGAUGUGCCACAAUGGGUCUGCAAUGCCAUGGAGGUUGCCGGUAUCGACAUCUCCUCCUGCUGCGCUCCUUCAUCGUCAUCAUUGGAUUAAAACCGAACCAUCAACGAGGAAACUAGUCAGGUUGGCUUUUAUCAGGUUUUUACUUCAAAGAGGUUACCACUAAAUCAUAGAAUCAAAUCUUUUUGCACAAGAUCACCAAAAUGCAGCAUAAAUUUUGUAGCCUGCAUAUGCUGCUUCAUUAGCAAAUACCACAUUUUGAUGAUGCCUUCUAUUUUUGUUUCACACACGAAUUACUGUAAACUUUUGCCAUACAGAUACAGUGGCAGGCCUGUAGUUAUCAAUCCACAUUUACUUAAUUUAA